AUGAAUCCUCUUGCACUCAUCAUCCAACCAUCCGCCUUGAAGCCCCCGGUAUUCGCGGCGGUGGCGAGUUUUCUAUGUGCGCUUAGUGCCUGCUUUAUUGCACUACGCCUCUGGACCAAUCUCACUCACCUGCGAAAACUCUACGUCGAUGAUUAUCUGAGUGUGCUUGCGCUCCUGAUUUUGAUCUGGAACUCAGUCACCUUCGGCAUCCUGAUCAAUGCGCUGAAUUCCAAUCCCGACGAUGUAACGAUUCCAUACCUUACGAGGCUGGUCGCAGUCGGAAUCGCCUCAGGGAACAGUGCGAUUUACAGCGUCAAGUUGCCUCUGCUUUUCAUGCUGAUACGAACCUUUGGGAUCAAGACAUGGCUGCGGUGGACGUGUCUAUUUCUCAUCACCUUUGGGACGCUAGGGGGGCUGACCACGCUCUUGUAUGCCGGUAUCUCGUGCAGCCCGGACCUUCAUGAGCCUACCACACCAUUCCUGGUCUCGUGCGUCAGUGUUCUUACCGAUGCCACCAUUGCCCGUGGUUCCCUGUCGCUGUUCAUCGAUGUCAUUGUCUUCAUUCUCCCGCUUCCCAUCAUCCUGAAACUGAAGAUGCCGCUUCGGAAGAGGAUUGGGUUAGCCUUUGCCUUUGCGACAGGUCUCCUUGCCAUCACCGCCAGCGCAUUGGGCUUGUAUUUCAACGCGGCACAGUCCCAAGCAUCAUCGACAAAUUUCGCCAAUGCGUUGAUGUUCAGGCAAGUUCAUGUGGUUGAGAGCGCCGUCGUACUCAUGGUCAGCUGCACCCCGUGCAUUCAUCUGUUCUGGAACAAGCAUGGCAACGCCUUCCGCAGUUUUCUGAGACUUGGAGGGACCGCCGUGUCAAAUGCCACUACGACAUCCUCGGAAUCCCACCUGGUAAGAAGCGAGGCCAACAAAGAUCGCAUCCAGGUCCGCAUGGACCAAUACAUUGAACUCGAAGAAGGCAUAGCGCAGGGGGAGAAAAAGCCUCUCUACGAGGCUAGGGCGGUGGGCUUGACGCACUAG